AUGCCCAACCCGAAUUCCAGUGUUAUUACCGACUAUGCUCCCCCGGUCAUCCGCGCGCCCUCACCUCCAAGCUCAGUAGGCUCGGAUAGGGUGCUUCUGCCAGACUUACCGGAUCCAGACAAGGAUUUGACCCCCGCAGAACUCGAACGGAGAAUCGAAGAAUCACUGGGCUUGCACAGACAAAGGCAUGAAGAAAUCCUCGCCGAAGAAGAUCCCCUCAUCCCAAAACCCAAAACAGAGGAAGAAAAGAAUGAGCGGCACCAGAAAGCAAUGGAAUUCCUCCGAAGAAAGGUCGCUGAGAUCGUCGACAACGAGCUAGUGGACCAGACCAUCCUCCGUGGCUCACGAGUCGGACUGGAACCUCUUCCAUCUUCUACCAAUAUCGACACCAUUAUGCGGAAUAUGAUGAACACGUCUUUGGGGAAUCAAAUGGCAAAUGUCGCGCCGGGACCUUGGAUGACAUCUUCGACAGAGUCUCAACUCGACGGCGAGGAAGCAGCCCAUCAGUCGUUCGUACACAAUCUCAAUAACAAUAUGGCUCGUAGGGUCAAGCGUAAAUAA